UUUAGAAAAAAAAAAUCUGGCAUCUCUGUAAAGACCGCAAAACGCCUCAAAACAAAAUUAAAAAAUAACCUCGCAUGCAUGUUAGCUGCCGGCCAACUUGAACGUUUAUAAUUGCGUAAAAAAGUAAUAUUGUAAAAUUCUGUAAGUUUGUCGAGUUUAUAACAACAGUGAUAAUGGAUAAAUCAUUCGGUUCUGUUUUUGGAGUCCCCAAAAACAUUUCCCGCUCACGGCCAUCGCUAAGUGGUUCACUAUUUUCGACCGGGGGACGUAAACAUUCCGGUCUUCCUGGCGGAUCAACCGGCCGCAUAGGGUCCGCCCGCUAUAGUUUAUCUACUCGCUCGAAUAUCUCCACUUUGCAAGUGGUUGCGAAAUCUGACUAUAAUAUCUUAGAAUGUUAUGGCUUACCUCUUCCGGUGCAAGUCAACGAAAUACUUGCCUUUGCCGAGCGAACUGCAGCCGUGUCCAUCAACUACAGUCCAAUCGGGUGGGCUUGGCUAGUGCACGGACGUCGGUUACUUAUCUGGCAAUAUCGAGAAAGCCACUUGAAAGCUAUGUCUUCAGCUUCGGGAGCCAUGGACAACCUUCCGACACCCAGGAGAGCACUAGCUAGUCAGUGUAGACAACUAACUCUCCCACACUGUGACAUAGGCCACAAGGCGACACUAGUGUCGGUAUUUAUUUGUGAAGGCCAUCAGAUGGCAUCUUGCUUAGCUGUGUCUCCCGCUGGUGAUGUUCGCUAUUGGCCGUCUAUAGCACACGACGGAUCAUCCAUCGAUGAAUGUAACAUUUUAGAAGGGCAGGAAUUUGAGGAGCUUGUAAGCCUAAGCAGCGGAAACUAUUUAUUGGUGACAACCACUUGCAGCCUGGUGCAAUUACAAAUUCAGUUACAGGGUGGAAGGCAAACCAUCAUUUCAAGACAAGUGAAACCACCAUCUGGAUUUUUUGGUGGCAUCGGCAAAAAGUUUGCUUCAAUUAUAAUUGGAAUGCACAGUACCCAAGAACGUGAGAAUAAACUUGUCAGAAUUAGCAGCGAAAAAAUAUCUAAUCAUGAGUGGCAUAUUACUUUGCUAGCUGACAAAUGGAUUCAGCGAUGGGCCUUCGGCCCAAGCGGAACGAACGAGCGAUUUUUGUGUGAAGAUGCGGAAAUCAUGCGCAAGAUCCGAGAUUUCUUUUUGCAUAAACUGUGGAGUGGAAUGCGAGGAGACAGCAGCGAAAUCGAACUGUGGACGCUGGAUAUGCAAUCAACGGAUCGCGGAGUAAUUAUACUAGCCGCAGGUUGCAAUUUGCAGCGCACGCCGCAGAUACACUAUGCCCUGUUGACGUUCGUGUAUAUUGAAUGCGAAGGAAUGAUCCUUAAAGAAAAUGCAAUUUUAAAGUACAAAGGUUUCUAUAACCGAGACCGAGAAGAAGAAUGUCUCGAAUUUAAAUUCGUGGCAAAUAGAGCCAUAGCAUAUGUCUAUAAUGACAAGGUCAUAUUCCCGGUUAUGUUGGACAGACACGCGGGAAGUUCUGCGAACAGCGAAAGCAGCAGUCCAUCAGAAGAGUUAGAAAAAAUAGAGUUCAACGUUCAAGACGAUUGUAUUUUGGCAGCCAACUGCUUCCAGAACAUGGCCCUCUUUUUCUCUAAAAUCCACGGAAUGGUUAUCGUUACGCCAUCAGAUUUUGAACCAAACAGUGAGGUGUUCAACUCAUCUGUUUCAUCCGAUGUAUUCAAUCCUAAUGUUUCGGUCAAUGAUACUGUCUUUAUAAAUCAAUCAAUUUUUGCUCCAGCAACAACCAAUGCCGGAAACCUUAUAAUGUAUGAUUUAGAUCCAGAAGAAAUCGGAAAUAUCGAUAAAGACUCUGUCAGCCAACUGAAGGCUGCUUUCAUUUACCAUAUCAAGCGAAAUAAUACUGCCUCGAACGACAUCAUCAACUCAAUUCUCCAAAAUGUUGAAGGAAAAUCGUUAGACAGUGAGUUGGAUCAUAUAGUGCUUAAAAUUGCUGAAGAUCUCGCUGAAGAUAUUCCAGCAGCCGAUCCUCGCUGGGAGGUAACGUCAAAACAUGCCCUCGGUUCGUCUACCUCAAUGCAAAUUGUUCAGCAGUUGCGAGAAAAAAAUAUAGCCUUAAUACAGUUCCUUGAGUUUCUGCAUUCCUCCACUCUUUGGGACAAACUUACUGCUAUCAGCUCAGGUGAUACUAUUCGCCCCACGGCUCACAUUCUAUCGGAUAUUGCAGAGAAAAUUGUUGCAGCAAUCGCCAUUAAAUGUCUUCACAACAACCAUGCUCGCAUUAUAGAUGAAGCUAUCGAUAUUGUUUCGAUGGAUGGAAAUCGUGUGCCUCCAUCUCCAAAUUUGACAAAUCAAGAUCUGUUUUAUGUGCAGACUAGUCGAAUACAUGAAAUCUUCAAAGUCUUUGCCGAACUUGUAGAGAACUAUAUCAAACAGGAGUUAUCAACGAUUCAGGUGCAAACUGCGUUAGUAGAAGUUAACACAAUUACGGUAACUGUGCUACAAGAAGUAAUGAAGUUUCGCGAGUCGAAAACUGACCUGUUUGUUGUGCGAAAUGAACCGAACCAUUACGAGUAUGUCCCGUGGACUGCGUCGUCAGGAAAGUACGGUUUAAAGGAUAUUCUGCUACAUAUGAUCGGCUGUACGCUAAAAUAUGGUAUCAAAGGUAGCGGCGAACCAGAGUUUCGCAUUAAACAUUUUAAACAGAUGACCGAACUAAUUGAUUUUGUGCUGGAUGGAAGGAAAAAAUAUCUAGAAAGUAUUCAGGAUGAGGGCAAACGUGCGGUUUUGCAGCAGCAGUACGAAUCGCAGAGGAGUGAUUUAAUAUUUCCUCUAGUUGAUUCUGAACAAUACGAACUGGCAGCUAAACUGGCCGAAAAAUAUUUGGAUUUCCAGAUUCUAGUUGUCAUCUGCGACAAAACAAACAACCAGGCACGAUUGGACGACUACAUCGAACGCUACAAGGAGGAAGACUUUUCACAAUUUGCUAUAAGCUGGCAUAUGCGGCAGAACAAGCAGGGUGAUAUCUUCCAGAGGUUCAAGGGCAAUCAGGCAGAGUUGGCACGAUUCCUCUGUGAUCACCCUUCCCUAGCAUGGAUCCAGUUAGUGUUCAACGGAGAACUAGCUCAGGCCGCUGAAGUGCUACUGAAUCUAGCACAGCACGAAAAAGAACUACUCAGCCGAAAACGGGUCAUGCUUUCACUUUCAAAGCUAUGCGCCCUGGCAGCAGAAGGCGACUUUAGUUCCCAGAUAGCGGAGAUCAACUCCGAAGCAAAGUUGCUAGAUCUACAAGAACAAAUUCCACUAGAAAUUCUGAAUAUCUACGGCUAUGAUACUAGAAAUGCGAAGGUGCUUACACCGGAAGAAAUAGUUGAUUUAUUCAUAGCCGAUGAAUACAACAAGUCAUCCGAAGCCGAAUUUCGCAAAGCCCUCGAGCUAUUGGACUUUGUAGAAGAACCUAUGGAGGUCAGACACAAAAUCUGGUGUGCAGCAAUUAUGCGGGACAGCUGGGACAGCUAUAAUCGCAAUGCUCCGCUGGACACAAUGCAAAACAUGAUGUUCUUCCGCUUAAUUGAUCUGUGCUUCAUUUUGGACGGUGAAUUGGAAAAUUUCCUACCUCCGGUUGAAAGCUUUCUCACAGCCCCAGAGCUAGGCGAACUAGCAGAAAGUAAAUCAUUUCAGUAUCUGAUAAAGCUAGGUUACGAACACAUCUAUGAUUCGUACAGAAAAUAAAAUGAUACAUAAGUUGACUGUAAAACACACGCAUGUAUAGUAACUAAUUUUACUUUCUGAAGAAACUCUGCUAAGUUAAAUUUAGCUUUGAAAUAAACUUUCAAAUGAAAAAUAAA